AGUUUCAAAUCAUUGCAUUUGCUUUCUCCAAUUCUACUCCGCAAAAAAGCAACUCCACAAGCCACAGCCGUCCACUAUGAGCGUCAACGUAAUUGACGUCGGCGUCAGCAGGAUUUCUGGUGCCCGCGAACACCAGGAAGACAGAUACAUCACUCUCCUCCCCGGCUCCAUCAAAUCUCGGAAAGAUCUCGCAAUCUUCGCAGUCUACGAUGGCCACGGAGGCACAGAAGUCGUGAACCAUGUGGCGCAGCAUCUCCACAUACAUCUCGAACAGCACUUGACACGCCCGAAAGCAUCGAGCGUUGCAGAGUACAAGCAUGCAAUCCAGUGCGCUCUAAAGGCUGUAGAUCGUGAACUUGAUCAGGCCGAUCUGCAUGGCGGCUCAACAGUAGCCCUAGUUCUCGUGGACACCAAGCAAAAUCUCCUUAUCCAGGCAAACCUAGGCGACAGCCAUUGCUACUAUGCCGAGCAUGACGCCCGCUCUCCACAGUCACUCUCCCCCCAUUCGCCCGCACGGUCAGACUCGAGCAUGGGCUGGAACGUUGAAGCCCUAAGCGUAGAACACACACCAGACAGCCCAUUGGAGAAGCGAAGAAUAGAAGAGUCGGGUGGCGCAAUCAACUACACAUCUGGAAUCGCCCGUAUCGGCGGUAUCAGCAUGUCCCGUGCGCUCGGCGACCUCGACCUGAAGAAGCCACGCGUCAAUCGCCUCGCUGGCCAUGACCUUUCAGAUCUGGUUGGAGUAGAAACUGGCCUUGCACCAGGAAAGGCUGCAAAGCACGACCUCGUGUCCAACAAAGCUCAUUUCUCAGUACGGACUCUUAACGGCCAAUCCCUUAUCCUCUUAGCAUCUGAUGGUGUUGGUGGAGCGCGCGAGGCAGAAGUAGCUACACAGUUGGCUGUAGACAGGUGGCAACAGGGCAAGGAGGCAAAGGAAAUUGCUGAGGAACUGACACAAAAGGAGGGCCAAAUGAAGGGUGCAGACAAUUGCACAGUCAUGGUAGUGGUGUUGGACACAGAAAACAAGGGUCGCAGGAGUAUAGACAGCGGGAGAAGAAGUUUUGACGUUUCUUCAGAACGAAGUAGUUCGAGGCGAAGAAGACGAUCCAGCAUUUCGAGUUUGAAAGACUGGAUACGCGACCUUUAA